AUGGCUGGCGUUGUCGUCCUGCUUCCCCGCAAUCGCUGUUAUCUCUUGAGGCGCCUCACCCCCAACUUGCUCAACUUCUGUUCCCCUCCUCUGCCGGAGACGCAGCAUCGCCAGAUAGAAAUCAACCACCACUUUACCGCCAUUGAAGUUUAUGCUAGCAGUGUCUACCAGCUCUCGGAAUUGCAUCAAACAAGUUCGACAUUCGGUCACAUCUGGGAGUGUGACUUCUGCGACGACUGCUACUGGGACGAAGACGACCUCGAUGAACACCAACAAGAAGAGGGACACUACGGUCCGAAGUAUGAUUGCGAGGCCUGUGAUAACUGUUAUCAGACUUUCGCGGAUGCGAAGCGGCAUAUGAACAACAAAAACCACUGGCGGGAGCAUUGGUGUCAUCUCAAUAGCAAGAUCCAUCGAGGCACCGAUAUCACCUGCCGCUUUUGCGAGCGCGGCUUCGCAACAGCUACGGGAGUCACACAUCAUCUUGAGGCUGGAUCAUGUCCUCAAGCUCGCUCUCUUAACCGCGACACAAUCCUCGCCGAGAUUCGACGCCGUGACCCAAAACACGUCAUCACCAAGAAACUCCUGACAUACCACGACACCUCUUCGUCCAUCAUAGCAUCUUCGGCAUCAUACAACUAUAACCGCAGCUGCUAUGAAUGCUACCUAUGUCACAAAGGUUUCGAGCAGCUUGAGAGCUUGAAUCAGCAUCUCAACUCGCCAGUGCAUAAGGAGAAGGCGUACCAUUGCCCGGGUAGAGCGUGUGGAGGGGAGUUCAGUGCACUCGCAGCUCUUUUCAAUCACCUGGAGAGCGAGUCCUGUGGUACUGUCAGGUUCGAUGCUGUGCAGCGGAACGUGGGGGGGAUUCUGAGUGGGAAGAAAAUGAUCGGUUUUGCUUAA